AUGCUACAACCUAGAAUAGUGGUGCACCUGUGUCUCUUCUCAAGGAAAUGUUUUGGGUAUACCUGUUCUAAAUUGCUUCCUGGUGUUGUUACUGCCUCCAAAGACAGAUCAUUUCCACGAAGGGGAUGGGUUUUGGUGCUUACAUUUCUUCUUGAUUCAACCUGUCCAAUACAACAUAGUGAUCCAACAAGUCUUGAUGAAUUGAACGAGAGUGUUUUGGAGAGAGAUCCAGAUCUUAUUCAACAAACGGUCAUCAAUGAUCGUCAUUCUGCUCUUCACAUAGUUGCCGCCAAUGACCGGAGAAAGGUGUGUUUAAGUGUUCUCUUUAUCGUGGUCCAAAAUCUUAUCGCGGUCACUUGCCGCGAUUUAAAAUAG